GUUUGUUGUUCUCCAUCGUUCACGUGGAAUAUCAUCAAAACAAAGACAAAGAGAGUGGAUGAGGAAACUGACAAGAGCAGAUUGUUGAUGAAAUAUGGAAACAGUACAAAGACAAACAUGUUUAAAGGUUGAGGGACUGCAGUUUGUCAGAGAUCAGCUGUUUAUUUCUGGUCUCAGCUCUGAAGUCCAACCCCUCCCGUCUGAGGAAACUGGAUCUGAGUGGAAACAACCUGAAGGAUUCAGCAGUGGAGGAUCUGAGCUGGAAGCUAUGGUGGAAAUGAGGAGCAGGAUUUCCAGCUGCAGAGCUUCCCGCCACUCCCAUUUUCCGAGGGCGAUAAAACCACACAGGUACAGAACGAAGAACUUACUUGGAGAGGCUGAAGUCCAGAAAAUGAGUGAAUCUAUGGAGAAAGAAGACAAGUCAGAGUCUCCAGGACCCAGCUGUCUGUCUGUGAGGACUGACAGGUCCAAAAGUUUACCUCCAUUCUUCAGUGAUGAGCCCAAACCUCCAGACAUGCAGAGGACAUUUGAUGUUUCUAUGGACCAGCAGAUGUCCAACUGUCAUCUGUGUCAGAACGUCCUGGAGGAUCCAGUCACCAGCAGCUGUGGACACUGGUUCUGCAGACAGUGCAUCAGCUCACACUGGAGUCAGUCUGGUCCAUCAGAGGACACCUGCUGUCCUCAGUGUGGACCACAGAGGAGCAGAGAGAUCAUGGCUGUCCAGAUGGACGUUGGUCUGCAGCAGACUGUAGAAGAACAUAAACUCAGUCUGAGGAGGAGAUGUGAACAUGUGACUGAAGGAGCAGAUGAACCAGGAAGUAGAACCCUCCUCAACAAGAUCUACACUGAGCUCUACAUCACAGAGGGACAGAGUGAGGAGACCUGCAGCAGCCAAUCAGAUCCCUCCUCUGUGCGUCCACAGGGUGACAGAAGUACGAGGCUUCACUGA